AGUACUAUUAUAGCAGAAGGGCAUGCGCAGACUAGAUUGCAAUGAGCAGCACUUUUUCAUUGAUUCUUUUCCUACCAGUUUUGUAGCGCGAAGUCAAAGAUUUAGAGUGGUCGAAAUAUAGGACCUGGGAAACGGCAUAUCAAAGUGGUGUUCCUUGAGUGUAGGCACAUUUGCAGAUGUUUAGGUUUCACGGCUCUGUUAUGUACCUUUGCAGGUUGUAAAUGUUGCGUAUAAAAAUAUGAAAAAUUAAAUGUUGCGUUAUGAUUGAGGCACAACUCAAUAUUAGUCAUACGUGUGUCCGUGUCCAAUGGCAUGCCCAUUAGGUUAACUGUAAGCAAGAAAAGUUAAAGCUUAAAGAAAGCAUUGCGUGCAAUCUUUGUGCUAAUAAUGUUCAUGGUUAUGUGAAAAGCAGUGUGUUGAGUAUCGAGUACAAAAUCAGUGGUCUCUGGUACCGAAUGCGCCUCUCGUUAAUGGUGCUGACGAGCAUGAUAACAGGUCAAAAAUGUUAGCAAGAUAAGCAUGCCGCUUGCUGCUACAGUUAUUUUUUCCUCACCGCGAACCGUAGUGCACCACCCUGGCUCUUGCCGCCAUUUCGUUUUGCAAUCCAAUUGACAAGUAAUCUUUGGAGCAUGUGUAUGAGAGCUGAAGGAAUAUAAAUCGGGUCGUACAGAAAGUGAAUAGCAUUCGUAUUCGUGUGCCGUUACUCGAUGGGAUAAAGUGUCACAAUACAUACGAAGUUAAUUUUCCAACAGCAUAUUGUUGGAUCUAUUUAGUUAUAUUCGCAUACUACAUUUUGCUGUGCUACAGUUUAUCUAAUCCUGAACUAAGUUGUUUGUUCCUACGUAAAUUUGAGCAUCGGCAAAAGUGUUUGUAAAGGUAAUUCACCGUGAUUCGCUUCAACCUGAAUCAACACCCAUACGAAAAAAAAUCAAAACACCCACAAACCAAACCUAAAAAACAGUAGCCAAUUCUAGAUCCGCGGAAUAUAAUAUAGACCGCGAUUUAUUCGCGGCAUAUUAUGUCUCGCGAAGUCUACAGCACAGGUCAAACAAACUCAAACACUACCGGUACUAGAAGCCCUGGUCGAUCAACGAGACGAUUAACUGAACUGCCGACUGUUGACAAGUCGCCUUCACGAGACUACGGCGGAAUCCGAGGAAGACCUUUAGGGCCCAAUAUACACCAAUCACACUCAGGAACUAAUUCUCCGCUAAACUACAGCUGGAAGUCUUAUCCACACCAUAAUUCAUUUACAGCCAUGGGUAGUCCAUAUUAUCGAGAUAUGGACGAGCCCAUCAGCCCUGCUGGUGGCCACCAUCGCAGUAGAAGUGCAACUCGAGCUCCCACGCACUCGUUGGAGUAUCCUCGCGAGCAAUUGAGAACUCGUUAUCAGUCAUUGGAUAGGGGUCUCGUUGAUCCACACGAUCGUGAAUUCAUACCGAUACGAGAACCACGUGAUCGUUCUCGUGAUCGGUCAUUGGAAAGGGGACUGUAUCUAGAGGAGGAACUCUAUGGCCGACCACCUAGGCAAGCAAUGCCGGAACGAGGAUAUCUAGGCGAUUUACAGGUUCAAAAUGGAGAGCUGCAACGCGAACUGGGAAAUCUUAAAAAAGAGCUCGAACUCACGAAUCAAAAGCUCGGAAGCUCAAUGCAUAGCAUCAAAACAUUCUGGUCGCCCGAACUAAAGAAAGAGCGUGCUCUUCGAAAAGAGGAAAGUGCUAAAUACAGCCUGAUCAAUGAUCAGUUAAAACUGCUUAAUAGUGAAAAUCAGAAACAAGCAAUGUUGGUAAGGCAACUUGAAGAAGAGCUUAGAUUACGAAUGAGGGCACCGAAUAUAGAAAUGCAACAACAAAUGGAGGCUUUAUAUGCAGAAAAUGAACACCUCCAACGAGAAAUAUCAAUAUUGCGCGAUACUAUUAAGGUAACAAAAUAUCAGAAAAAAAAUCAUUAUUUUACUCUUUUUUAUAUGGUUAUACAUUCAAAGCCCUGAUUACAACUGAUAUCGUCAAGAAAUCCUGUGUAACAAUAUUUAACAGCAUAUGAAUAUGGUUUCAUAAUCAUAUUAUUAAUCGUAUUGAUUCAAUAACCAGUUGGAAAUUACACAGUUUGUUUUCUCCAUACGCUGUAUUCAAUUGUAGAUCAAACGGUGCCUUGAGACAGAUUACUUUAAUUUGAAAAAUGUUAUAGUUGUGUCUGGUUGUAAAAUUGAAACAUUUUUUGUGGAUUACAAUUGAAAAAAUUACAAGAUUAGACAGUUCAGCCGUAUACGCAGGUUUGACUAUCCCAAGUGAAGGUUUUUGAAAGAGAACAGGCCGAUGCACAGCCCGUUACAAGGUUUCUAUUGCUCGCUUUUGACAGUUUCAUUAAAAAUUGUGUACAAACAAACGGGUAAUAGCUAACGUGAAAAAGUAGACUAAUUCAGUAUUAGGAAGAUUCUAUUUGUUAAAUUUCUUUCUGUCAAUCACCCAUGGCGAAAAUAGGUACGAAAUUGCAGUCUACUCUGUAUUCAGACACAUUGAUAACCUUUUUGAUUGAUUGCCAUUUCCUGACCAUGAAUCACUAUCGUUUGCAUCACUCCAUCUGAAGCUCAACAGUCAUAAAACAGCUCAGUACCCUAGCCGCAAAAUCCCAGUUUCGCCGCGACCUCCGAUCAAGCGAAAACAUUUUAUUUACGAUUUGUAUGGGGCGAACACACACACACACACGAAUUAUGGUUGUUCAUUAUGGAUGAGAAGAUUAUGGUUCUGUCUUUUGUUUCACUCUAGCUCACAGACGAUGAUGCCCUGUCACAUUCUCACAAUCCCUUCGGCUCUACUGUUUGGUUGUUGCUGCUCUUUCUCGCACGUGAGGGAGUUUUCUUUCUCCUUGUUUUUCCCGUGUAUGGCAUGGGCUGCGAACGAUCAUCUUCCUCACGAUCUUUUAGUUAGUAAAAGGGAAAUUGUUAGAAGCAAUGUCUCUGGCACACUAAAACCUAUACAAAUUCGUGCACGUUGCUGUGCCACACUGUACGGAAAGUGUUUUGUGACUAGCACAACCACAAACACAGUAUUAUGAUAUGUGUGUAUUUGGGACACAUUUUGGUAAACUUUUUCUGCGGUCGAGAAACAAUUAAUUGCCGCAUAUUGUAUACACUUUAAACCAAAAGGCAGAAUGCAUUUUAAUCAUAAUUCUGCUACUCUCUUCGACAUGCGCCUCGACGCAUUGAACGCAUGCUGUGAUUAGACCGGUUCCUACGAGGCCAGACGAGUUCGAUUCUCAUCCGGACCAUUCUCCAGGUAUCAAGAGCCGACUAUCCAAUAACGUGGUUUUAGUAAGGCAAAGAAGCCGUUACAGCCCGGUCUCGUUACAGUAUUACUCGUUACGUCAAAGAAGAAGAUUUUUUUACGGGAAGAUGUGGGCUUGAGUUCAGCCUUGACACGUAGAGGAUGCAAGAUCAUCUAUACAACAAAGAAAGUAGGGAAAUGGCAGGGAGCUGUAGAGUCUUAUCAACCACGGGCUGCUAUCGACUACGUGGUUCCACGGAGCGCUAGUAUGUGGUCAGCGGGAGCGCUAGGUAGUUCGACAGCCAUGACGACAAUCGUGGGAGCAUCGAGUUCGAGUCGACCCAAAUGAUCGGGAUCGUUUACGGAUGGUUCCGACCCGGUAGGUCGACCCGCACCCAGUGGCGGAUCAACACAAGUGGAGACCCUAAGCGGUCACACUAAUGUAAGCCAUUCGGAUAUGUCGAGCGAGAAUUUGUAUGAGGAAUUUUAAACCAGAGAAGAAUUGCUAAACAAUUAUACUUAUGAGCGAGGGGGGGGGGGGGAUUCCUUUCCUUUAAGCCCCAUGCGGCCGCUUAGUUAGCGUACUGGUUAAUCCGCCCCUUCCCGCACCUUCCUAUUGUUUUUACCAAAUACAGUUUACAUGUUGUAUAGUAAACUAUGCUGGCCUGAUUGAACAGCAACACGAAUAACAAGGAAAGAAGGGGGAAGGAGGUAAUGGGGGGGGGAGGCAAACAAGAGCGUUAGGAGGAGCGGGAAGGGUGAUAGUCGAAGAGGUGAGAUGAGAAGAUAACGGCGUGGAUUGCGCGCGGCAGCGCGAAUUGUUCCAGAGCGACAAUAGGUUCUAAACAAAGGGGGACGAGAGCGAAGCGAGCUGGAGGAAGCAUAUAGGAACGGGAAGGACAUCCAAGAAGGGAGCAACAUGAUUUUUUUUGUUAGUCGAUGUUCUUGAUUUACCCAUAGCGAGAUAGCCUGUCCUGUGCCACUAGGAUCAUACGAGGCUUGGACCAAAGUGGGUAGAAAGGAGGUGUCGUCAUGUAGAACAAUUGGACAUCGAGGCUUUAUAAAAAAGCACAAAACCAGGAUCGACGGCAGUUACCAAAUGCGACGAAUGUUGCUGGUAUUUGGAUGUGAUAAAUGAAUUGUUCUCGUUUGAUAA